CCGUCUAAAAGAGACCGCAUCUCCACCUCUGUUUUGUAUUUCUUUCUUGCGUCUCACUUUUUCUCUCUUUCGAAUUCUCUAGGGACGAGGGAUCAGAACUUGCUGAGAUGGCUCUAUCAGUGCCGGCGUCGAAGGGCAUGCUGCUGCCGGUGUCCGAUUCGCCACGGGCCGCCGGCGAUGAGAGCCUAUUCAAAAGCUCCGCCAUGACCAAGCGCGGCGCCUAUGCUGCCCUUGCCUACAUGAGUUGCGCUGUACUUCUUGUGUUGUUUAACAAGGCUGCUUUGUCCUCGUAUAGUUUCCCAUUCGCUAAUGUGAUAACUCUCUUUCAGAUGAUCUGUUCCACUGCCCUUCUCUAUGCAAUGAAACGUUGGAAGAUCAUUUCCUUUGCAGUAGGUGAACCAUGGGCUUCUGACUCAGGGAGCCUUGUGCCAUUCAGGACAAUAUUGAAAACUCUUCCUCUUUCUUUAUCCUAUUUGCUUUAUAUGCUGGCUUCUAUGGAAUCUGUACGUGGAGUAAAUGUUCCCAUGUACACAACACUUAGAAGAACAACCGUCGUAUUCACAAUGACUAUGGAAUAUCUCUUGACAAGACAAAAGUAUUCUUUUCCGAUUUUUGGCAGUGUGGCAUUGAUUGUUUUUGGAGCAUUUGUUGCUGGAGCUCGUGACCUGUCAUUUGAUGCAUAUGGCUAUGCCAUUGUGUUUGUAGCCAACAUCACAACUGCCAUAUAUCUUGCAACUAUUGCCCGUGUUGGAAAAUCAAGUGGUCUCAAUAGUUUUGGUCUCAUGUGGUGCAAUGGAUUAGUAUGUGGGCCAAUUUUGUUGCUUUGGACAUUUAUUCGUGGUGAUUUGCAGUCUACAGUAAACUUUCCCUAUCUAUAUUCUCCAGGAUUUCAGUUUUAAGUGCAGUCGUGAAAUGGGUUGUGAUGGAAGACGCUACAAAAAUGAAAAUACUAAAAAGAAGCACAGACAAUGGAAAUAUUUAAAAACUUUAAAGAAAAAGCAAUGCAUGGUAAUCAUAUGAAUGACAAUAUCCAUUUUUACCUUUCAUUGCAUGAUUUUGUUAGAUAACUUAUUCCUGCAUGCAACUCUUCAAAGGUUCGAUGCUUGCACAAAUUGUAAUUAUUCAAUUAGUAUUACCUAGUAUGUCUUUGUCAGGACAGAUGGUUGUGGUGCAGAACAUAAUUUUCUUCUUUAUCAGAAGCCACAUUCUAUAUAGCUUUUAACAUUGUGUUAAUUUAGUUAGCAUCAUUCAGUGUCUUACCCUGGGCGUAAGCUUGUAGAUAUGUGCCUUGCUGAUCAUGAGCUACUUCCUAUAGCUUUUAACAAAGAAUGCUAACUGAACUAAGACUGAAAUUUACUGCUGAUCUGUAUGAUUUAGAAUACUGAGCUUUGACAUAUAAAUCAAUGUGCAGUUUUUAAACCAUAAUUUAACAUCCUGGUAGUAUGAUUAUAAGUGUACAGAUAACAAUGUAUGAUUCUGUUAAAUACCAAAUAUUUUAGAAAUAAUGUACCUUUUAUAUUUGGAGCAUGGAGCAUGGACCUUCUUUUUUUU